AUGAAAAGGCCGAUCUUAUCGAAUAUCUUGGUUCAAUGCGGACUGCUGGCCAGCUGCGCAAACGUGGUGCUUUGUGCCUCUGAGUUUAGCGGGGCAGCAGAGGUGAAGAAGCUUCUUGCGGAGAAUGAAUAUGCUCUGCUGGCUUGUAACAAAAAGCUUUUAAAAGAAUGGAAAACCGUCAAGAGAAAUGUUGCUUCUACCGCUGCAAUCGACUGUGUAGCCGCCUCCAGCUUCUGCAAAGAGAUGGACGUCGUCUCCUUUCCCGCUAUCCGCCUAUAUAAGAAAGACGGACCAACAACACGAUAUCGAGGUCCUAGGAAAGCCUCACCCAUAGAGGCUUUUGUGAAACGGGCUCUUCGGCCGUCUGUGCAAGACAUGACCGAGCAGCAGCAGCUCGACGACUUCCUCACCAGCGAUGACUAUGUAUUUCUCGCUCAGUUACAUAGUGACGAUGAAAGCCUCGAUGCUCGAUUUCGAAAUCUCGCAGACGAGUAUUCUGAUCGAUACUCGUUCGGCGUGGCAAGCUCUCCCGAUGCCAGCUCCAGCGGCAUCUGGUGCUACAAUAAUGUCGACGAAUCAGAACACACAGCUACCGACUUGGAUGAUGCAAAUGCUUUAAAGAAGCUGAUUGAUCUUUGCACCGCAGAAGUGAUUCCCCAGCUCACUCGGCGCAACGAACUGACACAUCUCUCAUCGGGGCGAUCUUUGGUCUUUUACCUUUUCAAAACGGAAGCGCAACGUGAAGCCUACACCAAAAACCUAAAGGGCACAGCUCAACGAUACGCCGAAUUCCUCACGUUUGUAACCGUAGACUCCAAUGAGUACCCGGACAUGGCGCGUAACCUCGGCAUCCGCUCCACCGGCGGCCUAGCCGUGCAAAACGUCCACAACGGCCAAGUCUUCCCUUUCAAGGGGGACAUUACUUUGCCAAACGAGAUUGACCAAUUCAUCGUGGCUAUUUCUGAGGGCAGAGCUCAGCCGUGGGAUGGGACCUUUGACGAGGGCCAUGACGAGCUUUGA